UUGAGGGCUGGUAAGCUUCGCUUAUCGCAAAAGGGACAACACAAGGGCCAACACGACUACGUUUACUUUCUCCCCCUCCCCGCCUCGCAUUCAAUGAGUUUAUACCUGUGACAUUCAAGGGGGAAAAAAGGGGGCUGGGGGGUUGGGCUUCCUUCUUCCUUUGAGCCGUCAUCAUGCACCUGGUAUGCACCAGCAUCACACUUCCUUCUUUAUGCGGGCGUAUCCCACACACUCUCUAGAAAAGGUACACGUAAAGAGGCGAAAAAAGCACAAGAAACACAGACACGCAGAGAAACGUUUCAAGCUUCCACUGGGUACCAUUCUAGAAGUGACCUGGUGUAGGCAUGUGUCUAAAGACUUGGUUCCAACACCAGCAAAGCUGGAAAUGUUUGAGGAAGGAUACGACGUGGAGGGAUCCCCGUCUCCCAGUAUGAUGUAUAAGGCUGGAGGGGAAUUGCUGUUUCUCAAGUAUAAUCCCGGCCAAACGGAAGCUCGAAGAAAGAGGAAAACAAAAAAGACAUUAUUCAUAUUGUACCUCGACGUCACAGCCCGCCCGUCUUCCCCCUCCAGAUACACACCCCUUUUUGGAAGUGGGAGGGUGAUAAAAACGACGGGUAGACCAAGAACAUGCAUGUGCUAUGCUAGCCGUUUCUCCUCAUCUGCGCUAAAAAAGGUUCUUUCCCGAGGGGGGGAGGGCCAAGAGGAAGGGAAGGAGGGGGGGUAUAAAAGCCCGUGUUUUAUUGCCGGGCUUGUAUUUCUGAAGCCAUCACAGCAAGUUGGUCAUGCCGAUGAGCGAGCCAGCCAGCGAGGAUGAUUCGUACAAUUCUCCUGAAAGAAUACGGGGCAAGGUAGGUAAUACAGCUGGAAAGGGGGGGCGCGCAUGCGCAUGGAGCCCCCAACCCGCGAAGCAAUUGCGUUCUAUCAAUGGGCGGGACGAAUUCAGCAUGAUCAGUCUGCUCGCUCUCUCAACGCUUCUUCUUGUUCGGGCACUCGGCAACCUUGUGGCCGAAUUUCCCGCAGCCGUGGCAAGACUGAGCAGAGGACGAUCGCUGCUGGAAGGAGGGCGGGGUUCUUGACGAA